AUAUAAACAAGUCACUUAUUAACAAUUUUGAUUAUUUUUUUCUAAAUUAAGUUAACCAAUUUAUAUCUCAUGUUGCUUGUAUUUUAACUACUCGAAAAAGAUUAAUGCAAACGUAGCAUGAACAAUACAUAAAUAAUUCAGAGACGAAAUCUUGAAAUUUAGAGCAUAACCUUAAUUUCAAUUUCGUGAAAAAUUACGAAAAUUAAAAGAAAGUUUAUAUUGGUAAUAAUGUCAUUAAAAUCAACUCAAAACCAAAUUUGAAAACGUUGUAAAUUCAGCUUUAAGAUGAAGCUUUUCAUCUAUAAAAGACCGGCUUAAAUCGCCUAAAAGAUAUCAUAAAGAUGUCUUUCUAUGUCGAUCUAUGCCAUAAGUGUCAGUUUAAUUAAUAAUACUGAUCUCGUUGGAUUGUCAGCAAACUAACCUAUGUGAAGUCAAAAAGACAGUUGAUCUUGUUGAAGUAUUUAAAAAAUUGUGAAACCACACUCGGUGGGUUUUUUGACGCAACUGCUCAAGAAAUUAUCAGCCAGAACCUAUACUCACUCUUGAUAAUGUCUGAAAUAAUUGUACGAAAAGCUAAACGUGAAGACUGUGAAGCCAUAAGAAUGCUCAUACAGGAAUUGGCAGACUAUGAGAAGAUGCCCGAUGGACCACAAAUUGAUUAUAAGACUUUAGAGAGAGAUGGCUUUGAUGGACAACCAUUAUAUUUUUGUAACGUGGCAACAUGUGACAAGAAAGUCAUUGGGUAUACACUCUCUUAUUACACGUAUUCCACAUGGUGUGGAAAGGCUAUGUAUCUGGAGGACAUCUAUGUGACACCAGACUUUCGAGGGAAGCAUGUUGGCAUCAAGCUCUUGAAAACCGUCGCAAAGGAAGCAAUUGAGAAUGAUUGUCACAAACUGGAUUUUGUGGUUCUCAAUUGGAAUCCAGCACAAGAAUUUUAUAAAAUAUAUGGAGCCAACGAUAUGACAACUAAGGAAAAGUGGCACUGUUAUCGUUUCAAUGAACAAGAAUUGAAGAAAUUAGCAUCCAAUUGUGAAUAAUAAAAGUGUUUUAAUUAAUUAAUAGCAA